UCCGCUGGGAGAGGAGUGCAUCGUUUGCCGGGGCUGGCGUUUCGGAUGUGUCCACCCAUAUCUCGAAAAGAUGAGCGACAAAAGCUACACAAAAUUAGUUAAUCUAUGCGAGGCCACAUGGCCAACCUUUCCCUUUACACCAUUAGUAAUGCUGAAGUGGUUUCUGCACAAACACCGCCAGAGCCGGGACGAUUUCGUCCAGAACGCCCUCUUUGGAAAAACCGCGAAGCUGUGAGGAAGGCAAUGCUCCGCCCACUUUGGGUCAACAGAACAAGGGUCUGUACGAGCUGGGCAAUUUACAUUGCCACGUCUGUCUCUGAGGGGCCUGAGGGGCUAUAUGUUUCUUUGGGGACAAGGGUGUUGGUGAGAAAUGCAAAAACUGCCUGCAUUGUGUCCUGUUGAGUAGGGGCCUGAGAUCACGGGACGAUAGAAUAGGCCUGUACCCCAUCGCCUGUUUGAUCUACUACAACUAUUACAAGUUCCGUGAUUUCGUCUUCCGCAAUCCAACACGGCCUGCAAACUUGACGUCCAAGCAACAAUAGGAACGACACAGUCAGCCCAG